AUGGUAAAGGGUCUGCCUGCAAUGCGGGAGACCCAGGUUCAAUCCCUGGGUCGGGAAGAUCCCCUGGAGAAGGAAAUGGCAACCCACUCCAGUACUCUUGGCUGGAAAAUUUCAUGGAUGGAGGAACUGGUAGGCUACAGCCCAUGGGGUCGCAAAGAGCUGGACAUGACUGACGACUUCACUUUCUUUCACUUUCCUGAAGAGUUAACUUGCAUAGCCAGAAAAGGUGCUCAGGUUAAAAGACCCAGGAGGCGGUCACUGUGCCCAGCAGGUGACCACUGGGGCGGAUGUGGGAUACGGGCAAGGUGCCCACAGCAUCCGCUGUCCCUGUGGGGGGCGGGUUUGUGGCUGAUCGCUCAUGGGGCCUGCCUGUCCCAAAGGGCUCUGAGCCCCUGUACGGUGGAGCCCACCACCAGUUCAUCUCUGGACCACCAGGCCCUGGUGGGUUGGAGGGUCCAGGAGACAUGGCAAAUGAGUGCUCAGAUGUCUCUGUGA